UACUCCGUAAAAAAAAACAAAUAAAACUCGUUCGCAAAUGCAACGCACUCACGCACACCCACUCAAGCGCGGGUGCACGCACAAGUGUAGGUGCGAAAACAAGUGAAACAGAGCUGAAAAAACAAACUGAGCUGCUUAGAUACUUGCCAAAUAUUGAAUUAAGCUCAAUAUUAAAAGCAAAAUAAUAACAACAAUCAAUCGAAAAUGCGCGUGUGACAAAGAGGGGCGAGUUAUGGGGAAAAGAGAGUGAGCACCAGCAAAACCUACACAAUCACACACACAUACGCUGACGUCGACGCGCUGUCUGUUCAGUGGAGCAGUGUUGCCAGCCCACACAACUGCUGCCCGAAAAUCCCAAUUAAAUAAUUAAUAAGUUCAAAUCAGAAUUGGAGUAUCCGAAUUGGACGUUUUGCUUUGCAUUGGGGCUUUGCUGCUGAGUUGGCAACACUGGCCCCCCCGAGGGAGCGAGAGAGACCCCAAAAAGAGAGCAAGCGCGGGAGAGUCACAUGCUGGGUCGCUCAUUUCAAUUUUCCUCAAUGAACACUUUUCACGGUUUUCGGCUCGUCGGUUCGCGUUUUCCACAUUCGUGCGUUGUUUUGCUCGUGGAAAAGUUGUAAAGCCCCAGCCAACUACAAAUACAUAAUAUAGAUAUAGCCAACAUUUUAUUCACAGUGCAUGUGCAGAGCGAGAGAGCGAUCACCAGCCUAGCUAGCUGUUAAAUAAUUUGUAAAGUGUUUGUGUUUUUAACGUGUACAACCCGAAAUUCUAUGCCUUUUGCAUAACAAAAACAAACCGAGCAAAUAAAAUAUAAGUGAGGAAAAAGCCAUACACACACAUACGGACGGAAACAGACGCCUACGUCAAUAAGCGAAAAACGGAAGGAUGCUGCUGAUGUCACCGCCGUUGCAGUAGCAACACCAGCCGAAGGAAAGACACAACCGACCCGCUGCUCCCCCCGACAACAAGCCACACACAUGUUGCUGCCACAACUAAGAUGCUCAGCGCUGCCAAUGCAACUGCAACAGCAACACAUGGAGCAGCAGCAGCAUCCGCGAUUGCCACAGCCGAGACUUAUGUCAUAACAAACAAACAGCAGCAACAUCAGCAGCAGCAGCAACAAGUCUUUGUUGUUGCCGCUAACAAAAUGGUGAUACCAGCAACGGGAGCAACAAUCGCCGGUAUACCAACAGCAACAACAACAGCAGCCGCCGAGUCAACAGCAACACAGCAACACCAGCAGCAACAGCAACACCAGCAACAUGUGCUGUUCCAGCCGCACCUACAGACAACAACAACAACAACAACAACAACAGCAGCAACCAGCACACCUCAGCAACAGCAACCACCUCAGCCGCGGCAGCAUCCCAAGAAGCGAAAGUUCGAUCCAGCCGAGCUGGACAAGACCGAGCAGCAUCCCCAACAGCAACAGCAGCAGCAGCAGCAGCAUCAUCAGCAACAGCAGCAGCAGCAGCAACUGAGUCUGCAGAAGCAGCAGAAACCCGCCGAUACCAAUGGCAAUAGCGAAGGUUUGGCCAACGGCAAUCAGCUACAUCGCAUGAUCGUAAGUUGCGGUGCAGGCGCCGGCAACAACAGUAGCAGCAGCAACAGCAGUAGCAGCGAUAUCAAGCAGCAGCAGCAGCAACGUAUUAUCAUUGCAUCCCCGCUGCAACAUGCCAGCGUUAGUACUUACAAGCAACAUGUUGCCAGCGGCAACGCAGCCACAAUCAAUCAUCAGCAACGCACACACACGCCCACAACCGCCGUCUACUACCAACAGCAGCAGCAGCAGCAACAGCAACAACGUUUUAGCUUUAACUCAAACAAUCAGCAACAUGUACAGGAACAACACCAGCAGCAGCAGCAGCAACAACAGCAACAAUCCCUGCUCGAUCUCAGCGAGUGGAACAACACGCGUGUCCUAGCCAAAAUCCACAAUCAAUAUGCACCCGGGAUUAUACGCCAAGUGCAGGAGGCGUCUCCCGACACAAUACUCGUGGAAUUCGAUUCCACCGAAUUGGGAUUACUGUUAUAUCCGGACGUGUUGCACCAGGGCCGCAACCAUGUGAUACUCGAUGCCAGCCCGCCAAUGGCGGAUAUUACCCUGGAUGCCCGUGUCUGCGUUCGACAGCGGGUCGAAGGUCGUGGCUCCAGCAGCUUCGUCUACGUGGAGGGCAUCAUAACGGACAUCAACCAGGCCACGAAGCAAUACAGCGUGCAGUUGAUCGGUGAUGAAAUGGCCACCACCAAGGUAGUUCGUCGCGCCGAUCUGCGGCUGCUCCAGCCGCCAUGGUGGGAUGAGCUCAACGAACUGACGCCCGCAGGUGGAGCCAGUGCAUCCACACCGAGUGGCAAGCGGAAGGUGGCGUCCGGGGGAGCGGGAGCAGCUGCUGGCGAAGCAAUGGCCGUGCCCAGUGGCAAUAUCGUUUACCCAAAGGCGGCCACCGGCACACCACUGACCUUCGUGGCCACCCGAUAUGAUGGAAAGCUGCCAACGGCACCGCCCACCCCCACCCACCAACAGUCGCAGCAGCAGCAGCACCUGGUGAAACAAGAAGAGUAUUAUCGGACGACGGCCACGUCGCCGUUCCAGACGCGACCCUCAUUCGCCGGCCACUCCCACGGAUCGGAGCAGGUGGCCCCGGCGGCGCAGUCGCAUCCCCAGCAGACCAACGGACUGCCGGACCUCGUGAUCUCCCCGGGCAGCAAUGGGCAGCACCUCAAGAUGCAACAGCAACAGCAGCAGCAGUCGUCGCGGGGCUACGACGACUACGACUCCGACGACGAACUCAAGCGGGUCGGCAUCGGAUAUUCGCCAGCCGCCGGCGAUCUGGACACGGAGAAGAUGAGCGCCUGCAGCAAGCGGAGCAGCAUGCAGAGCCGCGGCAGCACGUCCAGUCUACUCGACCAGAGGCUCACACCACGAUCUCAUCCAGCAACACCAAGUGCCAUCCACAGAUCUCAGGCCACCACCCCGCACCGGUUCAAGAAGGGAGAUAUCGUGGAGUCGGAGUCCGGCGUGCGGAAGAAGUACAACGGGAAGCAGUGGCGUCGCCUGUGCACGCUCUGCACCAAGGAAUCUCAGCGGCGCGGCUUCUGCUCGCGGCACCUCAACCAGAAGGGCAACAACAGCGCCCUGCCCUCAUCCACAGGUCCUGGUCGUCUACUCAGUGACAGCCGAUCGAGCAGCAAGACGCAGAUCGAUGAGGACACCUCUCGCGACUCGGAGACGUCGCCCAACUAUCGGGUCAAAGGUCGCUACGAUCAGGAGGAGACCGAUGCGGCCGUCAUGCUGGUAUCGCUGAGCAGCUCUCGAUCUGCCACGCCCUCCUACACCUCACCUGUUAACCACGCUGGAGCCUCGCCGCUAAAUGCCAUUGCCCACUCGCCGGUUAAUGUAUCUGCCAGUCAUAGACAGAACUUUUUCACGCCCAUUGCCAACCAGUCGCAGCAACAGCAGCAGCAGCAACAACAACAGCAACCUGUGGCCGUACCGCUCGACUCCAAGUGGAAAACAACACCCAGUCCGGUGCUCUACAAUGCCAGCAAUAACAACAACAACAACAACAAUGGCUGGGAGGCAGGGAGCAGCAACAGCAGCAAUACCCCUGUUGCAGCUGCGGCACCAACAUCGGCUGUUGGCACUCAACCACUGCCGCCGCAAACGACGCCCGUUUCGCUGGUGAUGCAUGCCCCACCGCCGCACCACCAACUGCAGCAGCAUCACCACCAACCGCCACCCCCGCCACCUGCCAGCUUGCCUGCACCAGCGGCCCCACCCACAAGCGGUAGCAACAACAACAACAGUGUGGGUCAUGCCACCAGCGUAAUACGCAUCUCUAGCAGCCAGCAGCAACAUCCGCAGCAGCAGCAGCAACAUCCCCAUGUGGUGGUGUCCGGCGGUCAGACCUUUCAUCCCGUGAUUGUGGAUGCCACACAGCUAACGGUGCCAUUGCCACCCACAACGGUUUCAUUUCAUCAGCCGAACACGCCCACUUCUACAGCAGCGUCAGUGGCUUCCAUGGGACAGGAGAAGAUGCUGCCAAAAAACGGCUACAAUGCUCCCUGGUUCAAACUGCUGCCCCACAUGACGCCCAUGAGCAAGGCGCCUCCAGCUCCGGCCACCCCAACCUUGACCACUUCGGCCAGCAGCUACAACGUGGUGAUGAUGCAGCAACAACAGCAGGUUCAACAACAACUACAGCAGCAACAGCAGCAGCAAUCUCCUCAGCAGAUGCCGCUGAACCACAACAACAACCAUCUGAUCGUGCCCGCCCCUCUUUGUUCGCCGGGCAAGCCACUAAACUGCUCGAUGAACGACGCCAAGGCAGCGGCAGCAGCAGCGGCAGCGGUGGCCAGUCAGAGGCAACAACAACAACAGCUGCAGGAGGAGCCGGACGAUCAGCUGGACGACGAUGUCUUCGAGGCCACGACGCCCGGGAUCAGUGGCAACGGGAAGAAACAAACGGCGGCCAUGCGACUGCCCACCCACAAUAGCAACAUCCGCAAGUUGGAGGAGUGCCAUGAUGCCAGCGACGGGGUUGCAGGAGCCCCAGCCACGUCCGCUGCCAAACGGAGGAGUCAAUCCUUGAGCGCCCUGCAGCAACAGCAGCAGCAACAACAAGCUGGAGCGGCAGGAGCAGCAGCUGGACAGCCGGCGAACAAGAAGAUCCGGCGACCCAUGAACGCUUUCAUGAUCUUCUCGAAGAAGCACCGCAAGAUGGUGCACAAGAAGCACCCGAAUCAGGACAACCGAACGGUUAGCAAGAUCCUGGGCGAGUGGUGGUAUGCCCUGAAGCCAGAGCAAAAGGCCCAGUACCACGAGCUGGCCAGUUCCGUGAAGGAUGCGCACUUCAAGUUGCAUCCAGAAUGGAAAUGGUGUUCCAAGGAUCGCCGCAAGUCGUCCACUUCGACGGCAACGCCGGGUGGCAAGGCGGGCGCAGCAGCCGGAACGGGUGACGCCAAGCAGCGCCUGGUUUCGGUAGAUGGAUCCGAUUCCCUAGAGAACGACAUGUGCCCCUCGACGCCAGGAGGCAGCGGUAGCUGUGGUGGACAGGGCAUGUCCUCUGACCUGCAGGGCGACAUUAUUCCGCUGACGAUCGACAACUACAACAGCACCUGCGACGAGGCGCCAACCACGAUCUCGAUGAAGUCCAGCGGCAACGGCAAGCUGAUGAAGAACGAGCUGCCCUCCGACGAAGAUGAGCAGAUGCUGGUGGUGGAGGAUGAGCAGCCACAGCAGCCUGCGAAAAAGCUGGACCUGCACUGCCGCGAGCGGGUGAAUGACUCGGACAUGGAUGAAGCACCCUUUGACUACCGCAAGCAGCAGCCAGAGGCCAGUCAGCGUUCGACGGAGGAGCACAGUACGUCCGGUGCCAAUGGCCAGGCCAUGAAUGCACCGCCGCUCAGCGGAGGCGAACGCGAGAUAACGCUCAAACCGAAGGCCAUCAAGGCGCAUCCGGUGCUGGAGAGCAACAUGCUGCCAUACACCCAGAUGUCCAUCUACACGCAGUACACUAGUCCCAAGAAUCCAAUCGGUGUAACACCAUUCCAACCCACAGGCGGCGCCUUCAAGUCGAUGCCCAUUAGCCCAAAGGGCAGCGGGAGCAAGCCGGAGGACGCUGCGUCCCUGCAGCCACAUAUCAAGCAGGAGGACAUCAAGCAGGAGCCGCCCUCGCCCUACAAGCUGAACGGUGGCUCGGGUUCCGCUGUCGGUGGGGGCGUGGUCAGUGCCCCGCCGCCCAGCAGCGGCAGCGUCGGUGCCAUUUUCAACUUCAAUGUGCCAACGGCGACGGCUUUGAGUCAGAAGCAGUUCCACUACCCCAUGCACCAUCCCCAUCGAAGUCCCACGGAUCUGCGAGCUGCCCACCAGGCGUGUGUGCCAUCGUCGCCAGCGGGCAUGGGACUGGGACAUCCGGCCAGCAUUGCCACGCCUCCGGCCUCGGCGCCCGCCCAGAUCAUGGGAGGCGGAGCGCCACCAGGUCAAAAGAUGUUCUUCGCUAUGGGCAAUCCGUAUCCUUUGCUGCAGCGCACCCACCAGCCGGGAACGCCAAGUCUGGAGCACCUGCAACUGGACGCCUUUCCGCCUGGCAGUUACAUCUUCAAGAACCACAACGGGUUGUCCUCGCUGCCACCACCUGUGAGUGCCCAGCCCACGAUGCUGCUGCAUGGAUACACGCCCAGUCACAGUGCCGAACCGCCGGCUAGUUCGCCCUCGUACAAGUCGAUGCCCUCCACUCCCAAGUCGGCCACCUAUCUCAUGAGUGCGCCGCCCGAAAGGAGCAUGGAGGGCGGCAUGGGCGGUUGUUCAUCAUCUGUGGUGAGUGCAGGCGACGAUAGCGACAUGGACGCCGAAGGCCAGCAAUUUAUUCUGGCUCCAACGCCGGCUCAGUUGGGACGAGCUCCACUUCAAAGGCGCAAGAUUUUAUCUCAAAGCAAGUCGGAGAACAAUGUAUCCUUCGGCGCCAAUUUGGGGGCCACCAAUGGUCAGCACAUCAGCCGAAAGUUGCACUCGCCCACAAUGAUGGAGUCCUCGUCGCCGAUCAUAGGCCAUGUGAACAACAGCAGCCUAAGUUCGGCCCUGCCCACGCCCACUUCUUCAACCACAACGCCCAACAGCGACGAGCAACUUCCUCUGACGCCGACCACCAGCAGCAGCAACAGCACCCUCAACCAGCAGCCCAAAUCUCCAAUGAAAGGAGCUCCAGGAUCAGCGGCAGCGGCUCUCAAGAAGAAAAACGACGAGAUGAAUAAUAGUGUGCUCAAGCAGGUGGACUUUGAGAAGAAGUACAAGGCCCUGCCGCAAUUUCAGCCGGAGGACUGCCAGUCGCCCAGUGCCAUUGCUGUGCCCUCCUCGCCGCGCGUUUACGGCACGAAUUACCGCAAGAAAAACACGGCUCCACCGCCCGUGCAAAAGCUAAUGUGCGAGGACGAUUCCAUUGACGAACCAGCUUCGGCACCGCCCACAACCACCCAGCGAUUCUUUGGUCCAGACUUUACCAACGAGCUAAAGGACGAACGCCUUGCAGAACUGGACAGCUCUGACCAAACGGGACGCUCGCCCAGGACGCCAAAGACACCGCUGCAAAGUGCUCGCUCCGAUGCCAGUGAGAAGGGUCACCGCAAGGUGCUCGAGACGCGUCGGCACCUGGUCAUGCAGCUAUUUGCCGAGCACGGCAAUUUCCCCACUGCCCAGGCCACGAUAGCCUUUCAGACGAGGCACAUCGAUGUUUUUCCGCGCAAGCAAGACCUGCAGCUGAAGAUACGCGAGGUGCGCCAGAAGCUGCUGGGCCAGGCAUCCUGCACUCCGCACUCGGCGGGACCCAACACGCCGUCCGACUCAAACUCGUCGUCGACCACGUUGAGUGCCAGCAGCACCGGCUUGAAUGUGCAGUCCACCAAUGCGGCAGAUGUUUUUCAAUAUUACUAAACGGCAGGUGGUGGUCACCAACAACAGCACUCUGAGCAACAGCCCCAUCCCGCCAGCAAAGCCACUGAAUCCGACGCCAAGUACAAGUAAUGUGGACUGGACAACGACGAGGAGUUUGGCGGGAACAGGACAGGACAACAGAUUGUUUGCUGCAAGUGACAACAUUACUUAAAAAUAGUAAACGAACAGCAACAAUAAUUGCAGCAACGCACACUCACAAAAUGGAGAAGAGAUACAAAACCAAUUCAUACUUAGCUACAGCUCAUGCAUGAGAUGCAUGGUUAACUAGUUUUUAUUAUUAACUGCAAAUAGCGAGAGAAGUUACACAGAGAAUAUUCUCUAAAUAUUAAAAAAAUUACAAAUUUUUAAUUACAAUAGGCAUACAAAAUGUGUACAAGCAACAUAAUUUGUGAGUAGAGAGGAGAAACUGAUUACGAAUGAAUUUAUUAAGCAGCUUAAUAAAUCAGGAGCAACCAAUAGGGAGGAGAGAUAGAAAUUUUGAUGAAAAUUUGAACUUUUGAAGCACAUAUGAAGUACAUACAUAGAAACAUACAUAAUGGAAACAUUGUAUAAUCCCCGCGUAACGGCUUAGGUUUUAAUUUACAGGCGAAACUGCAACCAACAAAUUGGAAGAGAUAAGAAACAACUACGGAAAUAGAGGUUAAGCUUUACUUAAAUUGCACAUUAAUUUGAAGUGUAUUAAGCACAAGCAAAGAAUUGUAUAAAUCAAACCGUAAGAAAAGUGAAAUGAACACAGUAGUUGUAUUGUAUAUUUAGUCAUAACAUUUUUAACGAGAACAAAUCCCCUUAAAACCCCCCAUUAACACCCACUCGCACACAUCUAAAUGCUUUUAAACUGUCUGCCUUUGUUCUCAAAGUUAAUGCGAAAACAAACCUUUUUAAAUUGUAUGUACAUUUCUUUUAAUUGGCUUUUUACACUGUUGUCUAAUUGAAUUAUAAUUUAUAUAUAUUUUUUAUUAUUAUUUUAGCAUAGCCUGUUUUUAAAUUGUACACACACCGAAAAAUAAAAUUCAAAAAGAAAAUAAUUGAAAAACUCAUUACCAGACGAUUGAAAGAAAACAAAAAACAAAAAAGAGAGAGAAUGAGAGAACUAACUGUCUUCCACUGUUGCUGCAAUAUACUAUUUAAUAUUGUUUACCAUUUCGAUUGAAUGAAAUUUAGUUUUAAAUUAAUGUUUUAAGUAUGUGACUGCAUUUUAUUCAUAUGCAAAAUUAUGUUCUUUGUGAAUUGUUAAUUAUUAUAUGUUGUCUCUGAUUUUUGUGUUGAAUUGUGUGGCUUUUUUAACCCAAUCUUUAUGUCAAACCCUUUUUCCUUUAAUGUCAGUCACAGUUUUGACGUAUCUUUUUUGUGUAUUCCCUGGAAGGCGCAACAGUUGCAAACUUUUCGAAAAAUUAAAAAAAAAGCUAUUACAAAUAAACACUCAAAAUAGACAAAAAUAAGCUAGUAUCGCAAAAAAAUUAUAGUAACAAUAUUCACAUUAUAGCAAUUACGAUCAUUUAAAAUACGCAAUAAAUCAUCAAAUACAACAUGUGAAUUAAAUUGAAAUGCCGCUUCCAUUUAGUUCCAUUCUUGCUGGACGCUGCAAUUAUAGAAAUUACAAAAGAACAACAAAAUAAAUAAAUCAAGAAAUUUGUAAAAUUUAAAAUCAACUCACGUAGUCGUUUAUAAUUUUUUUUAAUUUCGUGUUUACAAAUAAUUUAAUUAUAGUUUCUUUAUUAUUAGUUUUAAUUACCUAUUAGUUAUUCGUAUUAAUUAGUGAACAAACGAAAUUUUAUAAGAUUAAAGCGAAAGAGCGUAAACUGUAGUGUGUUAAUGUUAAAAAAUACAAAAUAAAAACAAAAAUAAAACCAAGUUUAUAAGCAAAUUUGAA